AUGUCAAAACUUGUUUGUGAGCACAAUAGAAGCUACAGUUUUCAACCGAUUUUGAUGACACUUGAUGGAAAUCAUAUUGACUUCCUGGGCCAAUUUUCAGUAUUAAUUCAUACCAUUAAUACUUAUCAAAUUAGAUUGGAAUUAGAAGAAGCAGUUGUGGAAAUCGAAGAAACAGAAGUGGCAAUAGAAGAAAAAGUAGUGGACAUAGAAGAAACAGAAGUGGCAAUAGAAGAAACAGAAGUGGCAAUAGAAGAAGCAGAACUAGAGGAAACAGAAGUGGCAAUAGAAGAAGUAGUAGUGGAAAUAGAAGAAGCAGUAGUAGAAAAAGAAGAAGCAAAACCAGUAGUAGAAGGAGAAGAAUCAGAAGUGGAAAUAGAGGAAGCAGAGGUGGAAAUAGAAGAAGCAGAGGUGGAAAUAGAAGAAGAAGAAGUUUAA